AUGCGAUCAUGGUCUAUAUCUACGCUGCUAGCUCCGACGCUAGCAGCAGCAGUAGCAGCCAAGUCAGCUGCUGACUACUUUGUCCACUCGCUGCCUGGCGCUCCAGAUGGCCCAUUACUGAAGAUGCACGCUGGCCAUAUCGAGGUGGACGAAGAGCACAAUGGCAACCUCUUCUUCUGGCACUACCAAAACCGACAUAUUGCGAACCGACAACGGACGGUGAUCUGGUUGAAUGGAGGGCCUGGGUGCAGUUCAAUGGACGGCGCAUUGAUGGAGGUGGGACCAUACCGGCUCAAGGAUGACCAUACGCUGGAAUACAAUGAUGGAUCAUGGGAUGAAUUCGCCAAUCUACUCUUCGUGGAUCAGCCGGUCGGAACGGGCUUCAGCUACGUCAAUACGGACAGCUACCUCCAUGAGCUAGGGGAGAUGUCGGCUCAGUUCAUUGUGUUUUUGGAAAAGUUUUUCGAGCUUUUCCCAGAGUACGAGCGGGACGAUCUCUAUCUGGCGGGAGAGUCGUAUGCCGGCAUGCAUAUCCCGCAUAUUGCGACAGCUAUCCUCGAGCGUAACAAAAAAGCCGAGAAGGCGGAACAGACGUCAUGGCCAUUGAAGGGAAUAUUGAUUGGUAAUGGCUGGAUCUCGCCCUACGAUCAAUCCCCAUCCUACUUUGAGUUCAGUAAAGCUAUGGGGUUGAUUGAAGAAGGCACCGAUGCUUAUCGCCAGAUCGAAGCUCUCAACACGGUCUGCCUCGCUGCGCUCGAGGACCCUCACAGCAAGGAGAUGGUGAACAUCGGUCAGUGCGAGGAAGUCCUACAUGGAAUCACAGAGUUGGGUGUCGAUGAAGGGAAGUGUGUUAACACUUACGACGUUCGCUUGGAAGACACAUACCCCGCUUGCGGUAUGAACUGGCCGCCAGACUUGACCAAUAUCACACCAUACCUCCGUCGCCAGGAUGUGAGAAGCGCGUUGCAUAUCAACGCUGCAAAGACGGCGGGCUGGACUGAGUGCAGUGGCGCAGUGAGCACAGCGUUCCGUGCCAGUCACUCUGUCCCUGGUGUCCAAUUACUUCCCGGGUUGCUAGAGUCGGACGUCAAUGUUCUUCUCUUCAGUGGCGAUCAGGAUCUGAUCUGCAACCACCUCGGCACUGAGACUCUGAUCCAUAAUAUGAAAUGGAAGGGAGCCACUGGCUUUGAAACCGAUCCGGGAGUCUGGGCCCCCCGUCACGAUUGGAGCUUCGAAGGUGAAUCCGCCGGACUGUACCAGUACGCUCGCAACCUGACGUACGUGCUCUUCUACAACGCCAGUCACAUGGUCCCCUUCGACCAGCCGCGUCAAUCGCGCGACAUGCUGGACCGGUUUAUGGGCGUCGACAUUGCCAGUAUUGGCGGCAGCCCUACCGACUCGCGCAUCGAUGGGGAAAAGCUGCCUCAGACAUCGGUCGGGGGCCACCCCAACAGCACCGCCGCCGAAGAACAAGAAUAUAAAAAGGUCAAGGAGGCCGAGAACCACGCGUAUGCCAAGUCCGGCGAAGCCAUUCUGGUUAUUGUGAUUAUCGGCGUGAGUGUCUGGGGCUUCUUCAUCUGGCGUUCGCGCCGUUCCCACCGAGGGUAUCGCGGAGUGAAGAACCCUGACAACCGAGCCCGAUCUGGGUCCGGCGCGGCGACUCGGUCCGGACCUGGAUCUGUGCUCGAUCGUUUCCACAAUCAAAGGUCAAAGAAUGCGGACGUGGAGGCGGGAGACUUUGAUGAGUCCGAGUUGGAUACUCUGCACUCACCGGGUGUUGGGGGUCACGAGAAUUACCUUGUUGGCGAUGAUCUCAGCGACGACGACGAGAUUCAUCGUUCAACAAGUAGUCGUCGACCGGCAGCGUCUUGA